AUGGAGACCUUGGAGGGAAGUGAACUUUGCUUUCCACAACUGCUCAACACCUCCUGCAGGAAACCCAUCCGUCCUCACUUUGAGUACAUGCUGGCUUAUGUUCUGCUGUCCUCCAUCUCUCUGCUCACUGCAGCUCUUAACCUGCUGGUCAUCAUCGCUAUCUCCCACUUCAAGCAGCUCCACACCCCCACCAACUUCAUCCUCCUCUCUUUGGCUGUCUCAGAUUUCUUCGUGGGUAUCCUCAUGUCCUUUCAAAUUGUGCUCAUACAUGGAUGCUGGUUUCUUGGUGACCUCAUGUGUACUCUAUAUCAGUAUCUAGCAUAUAUUAUUACCUCUGCCUCAAUAGGAACCAUGGUGCUUAUAUCUAUUGACCGCUAUGUGGCUAUCUGUCAUCCUCUGCAUUACUCCACUCAAAUCACACAAAAAAGAGUCCAAGUCUGUAUUUGUCUGUGUUGGAUAUGUUCUGUGUUUUUUCAAAGUCUCAUUCUGAAGGAUAUCCUACAGCAACCAGGCAGGUAUAACUCCUGCUUUGGAGAGUGUAUCAUUGUCAUCAACUACAUUGCUGUACUGAUAGAUCUUAUUUUUACCUUCAUGGUUCCCAUCACUGUUAUUGUUCUUUUGUAUAUGAGAGUAUUUGUGGUGGCUGUGUCUCAGGCUCGGGCGAUGAGGUCCAAUAUUGCAGCUGUUACACUCCAGAAAUCAGGGAAAGUAACUGCUAAAAAAUCUGAAUUGAAAGCAGCCAGGACUCUUGGUGUUGUUAUAGUUGUGUUUCUAUUAUGUCUCUGCCCAUAUUAUUGUGUUGCUCUUACAGGCCAAGAAAACUUGCUCAAUGCUCCAUCUGCUGCCUUUGUAAUAUGUUUGGUCUAUUUUAACUCCUGUCUAAACCCUGUAAUCUAUGCACUUUUUUAUCCAUGGUUUAGAAAAUCAAUUAAGAUCAUUGUUACACUGAAGAUACUGCAGCCAGACUCCUGUGAUGCCAACAUGCUGCAUGGUGCCUGA